AUGACGGUACAAGGCGGUUUCACCAGUGCGGGCGAGCAGCCAAGCCCUGACAGUCAGCAAAAACAACAACAGAUGCAGCCUUCCAGGGGCUCUUCAGCUCCUCAACAACCCGAUGCUUCCUCAUCUUCAUCAACCUCCGUCGCCCACGCAGAUUUGCAUCGUCAGAGCCACAAUCCUUCAAAACUACCCGCUUUUCGCUUUUCAGACCGAAGCAGAAGCCUUGGAAGUGUGCCCCUAGUUAAUAAGGGUGAACCCCUGUCGUUUAACAGCCCCCAAUACAAGCGCAACAAGAACCAGCACCAGAAUCUCGAUUCAAGAAACAAAAUCAAGGACGGCCAAACCAUUGAAUAUUUCAACUACAAACCAAAGGUUUCGACAUCGCUCUCAACUCCAAUAUCCGCCCCUACGAUAACUUCCGACCUGCAACCAUCAAUCGAGUCGUCCAUUGUCUCACCCAAUCCAGACCCCGGCUCUAUUACUCCGACUGUCUCGCAGGCCCAGACCCCUGACGCAGUAGCACCAAUAUCGUCAGACCCAGGCCCUUUGCCAGCCCCAAAAGACGCUGUUAGUGGACCAGCCACAGCGCCCGCCCCAGAGCCUGAAUCUGCCCCGGCACAAGCACAAGCAUCAGUAUCAGCGGCACUCCCAGCGACAAAUGAUCCUGACACUUCCAAUUCUCACCCGACAACGCAUCACCGCGACGAGAAACACGCCGUCUCUGCAUUAACCUCUGCGCCCACGGACCCAUCCACAGACACAAAGCCGCCCGCUCUCUUCUCCAGAAAUUCCUCUUCACAACCCACCACUGAAUCCAACGCGCCCGUAAAAGCCACUACGUCGCUGCCAUCGCAAAUUCAUUCUAGAACGACUUCGCUUCAGCCAUCGUCAUCGUCAUCGGUGGUCCAUCUUUCAGCUGGGAUCAAGCGGCCCGCAUCUUUCUCUGACGCACAUGCACCUGACGCGAUCUCCCCGCAACAAGUCUCCUCAACAUCCAAGACUCGUACUCGCCGUCCCUUGGUAUCGCGCAGAUCGACUGCUGGCGCCUCUUCCACUGGUCCGCCGCCUUCCCUAAACUCGGAGCGCCUCCAAGCCAUCGAAGCCGCCCAGGAAGGUCAAUUCACCUUCCGUGCCUCAGUCGAGAGUUCACCAAUUGAAUCGCCUUCCGGCCAACGCGAAUUAAUUUUGCCCAAGACGUUGUCCAGAACUAACACAGAUGAGAGACGAGGGUCUGCAUCGCAGCGCCCGCCUGUCUCUUAUCGACCACCCCUCUCCACCAACAGCAGUACCGAUUCAUCACCGUCAACCGCUGUCCGCGUCCCUCCAAUUCGAGCUUUCCGAUCUUCAGGUUCCCGCAAGAGCCUUACUCUCGACAUGAACUCAAGACCACGUUUCCACGACUCUGGCGACGAAGACGAUGACACCAACCAUGACCGCACCCUGCGCGCUCUGGAAGGCCGAACUGACGACAACGCCCUUCAUUCAGCCCCCGUCUCGAGCCGUCGCGGCGCCUUCGACAACGAAGAUACCGGGGAUGUAUUUCUAAAGAUCGCUAGGGAGGAAUCUUCACAGCGCCAAACAGACGAACAGCAGCCCUCUGAUGAUAAUAGAAGCGUAGUGUCCCGAGCGCCAAGAUUCACACAUAGACGACCACUAUCUUCAGUCGUUCCUGUGCACUCGCCAAAUUCCCCUCCCCGAGUUCGACGACGACUUUCUGAUCAACAAGAAACUGCUCGCUCACGCUCAAGAGGUUAUGAAGACGAUAGAUCGACUGAAGUCUCUAGAAUGUCCACAUACCGUACAACACCACGAGAUAAGGCAGCGUCGGCGCACCCUGGGGAGGACCUAGGACGCUCGCGAGCUUCUACAUCUACAAUGCGCCCUUCACCUGUGACACCACGAUCGAUUAUCUUCCAAGAACCCAGCUCUGAAAACUCGAACUACUCCCGUCGCCGAUCCUCCGUUACUGACAACAACACAUAUAACUCUUCCCCUCUUGUCCGAUCUUUCGACUUUCAAAUGCACUCAAACGUCGACACCGGCAAUGGUGGUGAAGGAACUGAAUCAACCUUGUCAAACACUGCCCCUUCCACGGUAUGGGACGAACUAGACGACCUCAAAUCGAGAAUUCAUCGACUAGAACUGACUGGUAAGCUGCCUUCGACUUCUGGCGCCGCAGUAUCGAGAUUAUCCGACGACCGACCGCCGACGGCGACUACGACGGCGACAACCAUGUCUUCCUCCCCCAAACGAGUUGAGAACGGCCACCGCCAAAACAACGAUGCUGUUAGCACCACAUCUUCCCAUCACCAUCGAGAGUCGCAUAGCAUUCUUCAAUCUGCUCUUGUUAAGUCCAAGGCUCUACUCGAUGCUGAUGUUUAUCAAGCGCUUGAAUCUGCUGCUAAUGAUGCCAUAUCUUUGGCAUCCAUGAUGGGAACUCCUGGUCAACCCGGACCAAUCUCCGGUUCCGCUAGCACUAUUGGCUCGAAUACGACUGUCACUGAUCGCCAAUUAAGGCGGAAAGCUGAAAGCGUAUGCCGUAGCUUGACAGAACUUUGCCUUGCGUUGGGUGAGGAAGUCACUCAAACGAGGAUGCCGCGACAGUCAAUUGAAGUGCCACCUCCUGUACAGAACGAAGCGCCCAUCACCCCAACAGUCAAUAAGACCUUCUCUGGAUUCUCUCAACGCCGACAGAGCAUCGGAAGAAGCGAAAAGCCCGCCCCCAAGGAGAGCGUGACUAGUCCCAGAGCUAUGUCCAAGUUUGAGGAGAGACGACUCAGCAUCCUCAACGGAAGCUCUCUACCCACAUCUCGCACGACAACGUCGAUACCAUCGACUCCAACCGAGCCUAUGUCUAGUCGGAGAUCUUCUCUUUUGGUUUCCAGGUCUCGCCGAGCCGGUACCGAAGAGCCCGAUGAUGGCAGAGUAUCAUCGCUCCUCCUGAGAACUAGACGUGCCGGUACCGAAGAACCUGAUGAAGGCCGCAGAACCUCUUUGUUUGUCCGUAACCGUAGAAAUACGGUUGGCGAGGAUAGCGAAGACGAAUCGAGAUUCCGAGGACCUUCUCGGGCUCGUACUGAUCUCAACACGAUACGAGUCGUACCACAAGAUCAAACGCCACAGCCAGCUGAGAACACAUCGGCCAUCCCACGACGGCGGUACGUUUCGUCGACUAUUGGAACGUCUCGCCUGGUCACACCUUCGGUCAACACAGCAACUCCUCCACGGAGAUAUAUGGAGAGGUCCACCCACCAAGACCAAGGCACAAGCGUAGCCGACAAGUUUGCAGAAGAGCGUGCACAGCGCUACACGUCUCUGGGGCAAACAACUAUGAUCAACCGAACUGGCAGUAUGAUCAGAAGACCUAACAGGGGGAGCAUUGCGUCGGGCAAUCCUUCUACAGCUGCGGGCAGCUAUAGGUGA